AUGGCUCGGAAUCGAUCGAGGAUUAGGGGCGGCAGUGGCUUCAUCCCAACACUAUCGCCAUGGAUUUGCAGUGUUUAUUUUCGUUAUCAUUUUAUCUUUUUUCCUGAUUUGAAUGUGAUGCAAAGGGGGUCCCACGAGAGAGCUAUUGACGGAUUACGAAAACUUCAAGCAUUUGGAGAACCAGAAGAAAAGAAAAAGAAACUGACUAAGGUAUCUUUUGCGGGUUGUGGGGCAAGCUCAAGCUUCUCGACUGGAAAGCGCCGGUAUAUUGAUCAAGAUAGCCAGCUGGAUAAUUGUCCUCGUGAAGUCGCCUCAGAUAAUGAUGUUGAUUUGAAAUUGAAAAUAUGCAGAACGGAAGGCAGCCAAGUCUUUUUAACAACCAAUUCGGAGGAUAAACGUGAACGGACGCCGGCGGUGGUUCACGGCGAUUGCAAACCUCGCGUGUUUGGUGACUCGUGGAUGGAGAUCCUCGGCGAUGGCUGCGUGUGUCAUUCUCCUAGUAGUACACAAGGGAUGAGUUUUGUGGUCAGUGUACUCAUCAAGGUUUUUGCUUCAAAUGGGUUUCUUGAAAAUUCAAUGGAUGCGUUUGCACAUGCUAGAAGAGUUGGCUAUGAACCGGGAAUACGCUCGUGCAAUUUCUUGCUUAAAUGCUUGGCAGAAGCCAAUGAAAGGGAGAUCCUUUUUUUGUGGUAUAUUUGCGUAUCUUUUCUUAAGAAAAAGAUCAAUUGCACCUCUAUUGCUUGUGCUGUGUUGUGGUAUAUAAACAGUAUAUGA